CUCCUUCUCCCCCACCCGUCCCCCUCCAUCCAGCCCCGUCUACCAUAAGGGAGUGUCAAGUGCCCCUGCUGGACAGCAGCUCCUCCCACACCAUGCUGGAGCCCCAUCCAGAGGACCACAUCUCCCCCAACUCAUACCUGCUCCGGGCCCAACCCCCCACUGGAGCUCCAAACCAUCACAGCCAGUCCACCCUGCGGCCGCCCAUCCCUCCACCGCACAACCACCAGACGCUGUCGCACCACCAGUCCUCUGCCAACUCUCUCAACCGCAACACACUGAGCAGCCGACGCAAUCCCAUCCACGCCCCUCCCUCCGCCCCGGGCGAAGGACCCACCACACCUGAGUCAGUGCAGCUGCAGGACAGCUGGGUGCUCAACAGCAAUGUCCCGUUGGAGACCAGGCAUUUCCUGUUUAAGACCUCUUCAGGGACCACGCCUCUCUUUAGCAGCUCAUCACCGGGUUACCCCUUGACAUCCGGCACAGUAUAUUCACCCCACCACGGCUCUUACCCAGAAACACCUUCUCCAGAAGCGCCUUCAAGCUGA